GGGACCUGCAAUAUUCUUACGGGCUCCAAAAAUGGCCAAAGACGCGCCGGCAAACGACGACGAGUGGGCGCAGGCGGAAGGUGUACCGAGCCUAAGCGACCCGUUCAUCCAGCAGUAUCUCCAGGGCAGAGAUGCGCUCGUGCAGCAAGAGAAGAGGCAGCGAAGUGACUAUCUCUUUCGCCAGAAUCUCUCGCCCAUGGCCCAGGAAGCAUGCGCCAUCGUGUCCCAGAUCCGGUUUGAGGAGCAGCAAACGCUGUGGACCAAGGAAUACGAAGACAGCCUGUUGACCGACCACGUCGAUGUGUUUCCGGGCAUGAUGUUCUCGCUCGCCAAGGAGCGCAUGGAGAAGAGCAAGCUCUGGCAGAUAGUAAAGAAGAUGCCAAAGGGUGCGCUACUGCACUGUCACCUCGAAGCCAUGGUUGAUCUCGACUGGGCGCUUGAAGAAGCCUUCAACACUGAGGGAGUCUGCUUGGUCGCGCAAAGUGCCAUCACCGACAGCCACACAAGGCGGAAGACGGGCUUCUCAUUCACAUACGCAAAAGAUGCCAAAACCGAUACGUCCAUCUGGAAGGCGGACUACACGGCCAACACGCCAGUGCCCAUCAACCACGUGGCAGACAGCUUUCCAGACGGAGGCAGGAAAUCUUUCAUUGAGUGGAUCCGCUCUCGCGUCACGAUUACCUCUUCUGAGCACCUCUCGCACCACGAAGGCCCCAACGAAGUAUGGCGCAAGUUCAUGUCGUGCUUCCCCAUUCUCGGCUCACUGAUCUACUACGAGCCCAUCUACCGCAAAUUCAUCCGCCGAAUGCUCAAGCAGCUGCUCGACGACGGGGUCUAUUACGUAGACUUGCGCUCGGCCUUUUACACACCGUACCGCAGCGUCGGAAAAGAGCAGUGGGACGAAGACUGGUUCUACAUGCUGGAGCACAUGGCCGACGAAAUUGAAAAGUUCAAGGCAAGCGAAGAAGGCAAAGAGUUCUGGGGCGCCCGCAUGAUCUGGACCACGGUCCGGCAAUUUGGCACGAAGGCAGUCAUUGAGAGCAUGAAGAAAUGCAUAGAAAUGAAGAUUGAAUUCCCAGAAAUCAUUGCCGGCUAUGAUCUCGUGGGCCAAGAGGAUCUCGGGCGGCCGCUCGCAGACCUCGCGCCCGAGCUCUUCUGGUUCCGCAAGGCAUGCGCGCAAGAAGGCGUCGACAUACCGUUCUUCUUCCACGCGGGCGAGACGCUGGGCGACGGCGACUCGGUUGAUGAGAACCUCUUUGACGCCAUUGUGCUGGGCACGCGGCGCAUCGGCCACGGCUUCAGCCUGUACAAGCACCCGCUGCUGAUCGACAUGGUCAAGGAAAAACGCAUCCUGGUGGAGAGCUGCCCGGUAUCAAAUGAAGUCCUCCGCCUCUGCGGCAGCAUCAUGGCGCAUCCGCUGCCGGCGCUUCUCGCGCGCGGGGUGCCCUGCUCGCUGUGCAACGACGACCCGACGAUCCUCGGGCAGGACGUAUCUGGCAUGUCGCAUGAUUUCUGGCAGGCGCUGCAGGGCUGGGAGAACCUGGGGCUGGAGGGGCUGGGGUCGCUGGCCGAGAACAGUGUGCGGUGGGCGUGUCACGAGGACCACAGCGCAAAGGAGUGGACGCAGGACAUCAAGGACGGCAUGUUUGGCAAGGGGCUCCGGGCCCAGAGGCUCAAGGAGUGGGUCAGCAGAUGGGAGAAGUUUUGUGCGUGGAUUGCUGAGGAGUACGGCGUUGAUGUCAAUGUUGAGCCUGAAGAGUAAGUGUAGGUAGCAUGGACAUGUGAAAGGGACAUGGGCAGAGAGAGGUACUUUUCACAACUACCCUCUGGCC